GAGAUCUCCUAGAAAAAUUCAUCAAGGAUCUUUCUGUAGCCUAUAACAAAUACCUGGCAGGUGAAAGGUUGUGUCCCCCAGAGCAUGAAUGCUGCUGCCAGCCAAAACUGCCCCCGGGGCAGUGCAGUGUGUGCAGCUCACAGAACACCGAGGUGGUGUACAAGUAUUCUGAUGUUUUCGAGCUGGUAACAAGAUUUUUAAAUCAGGCAGAACAAGAAAGCCCCAAAGCUGCUGCUGUCAUGCUGCUGGGAGCAGCUAGACAGAUUGCCCUGCACAAAGAUCCUGCUCUGCUGAAGAGCUGUCAGAACCUUGGCCACACUGCUUCCCUCAGGAUUGCUGUCCCAUUUCUGUUCCAGAGGAUCACAACUCGACUUCAGAGGAUGUUGGUGUUGUGUGACUUCCCAAAAAUUCUCUAUGAAAAGUUUGUUGAAUUUUUUCAGUCCAUCUCCCUCCCCUGUCACUGCUAUGCCUUCUCUAACAGCUUGAAUGUUUUGCCCUGGGACCACAUGUUACUGACCACAGUUUUAAAAGGCCAGAACAUCACUGGGCAGAGGAGACAGAAAGGAAGGAAAAUGUUCCUGUGGGAAGCCCUCCCUGUUGUGGAGGCUCGAGUGCAGAAACUGCUGGAGAAAAAGAAGUAUAAGGAAGUUGUUCGGUACCUGAGAGCUGUGAAAUGCAAUGAAAACCAAAG